AUGAGGUAGAAUUUCUGAAGCGAUUGAAAGACAAACACACUUCGAUAUUAAAAAUACCGCAUUUGCUAUAAUUCGUGUUUGUUAAAAAUGUUUUAUUCUGACAGGUUUAUAAUUGCGUUUAUUUGUUGUUGAGAACAUUUGUGUUAAAAUUGUUUGUGUAAGGAAUUCGUAAGAGCCUGCAUAUAGUGAAUAGCAGCAGAGUUACGCUAAACCAACAAUCAUCUGUGCGUCGGCUUAUGCGUGUGACUAUCACUAGUGUGUGUGCAGAAGCAUUGAUAUUUCCAGUGCCGGUGCAAUGCGUAAGACGCGAUCGCAAACUCAGGCGGAAGCCGCAAUGGUGAAUGCGGGACGUACGGCCAGUAACACGCCCUCCACAGUUUCAUCGAGCGAAAAUGUCGGUCAGCAAAACAUUGGUACAAGUGGGCGCGGAGCGUCCACUGUCCAGGUUGCGGCCGUGAUUGCACAGAAACGCAUUGCAACACAACCGGAACAUUUUAAAAUCAAGGAAUGUGAGGAAAUGGUAAAUUUGUUACGUGUAGUAGAGUUGCAGCAGAUACUAUCAUUUUUGAACAUUUCUUUCGCUGGGCGUAAAGUCGAUUUGCAACGUCGCAUCAUUAACCUUCUUCAUACAAACUACGAACUAUUGUCUCAUAAAAUACGCGAAGUUUAUACACAAUCAAUUGCGGAACAACAAGCCCAACAGUACGGACCAACUGAUCCCAAAAGAAUGUAUUCACAUAUGCAAAUGCCGCCGGUGCAACCGAACCCUGCAGCUGGUUUACCUAAUGCUGGUCAGCCUACAGCUGUGGGUGCACCGCCUAUUACAGGUGUUCCACCGACUGGACCCGGUGUUGCAAAUAAUAUGGUACCCUUUAUGAAUCCCAUACCCACACAUAUACCCAUACAUCCCGAUGUACGUCUAAAGAAGCUUGCUUUUUAUGACGUACUGGCUGUAUUGAUUAAACCCUCGUCACUUGUGCCACGCAAUACCCAGCGUAUACAAGAGGUGCCCUUCUACUUUACAUUGACGCCGCAACAAGCUACAGAAAUUGCAUCAAAUCGUGACAUACGGAAUAGUAAUAAAAUUGAGCACGCCAUUCAGGUUCAGCUACGCUUUUGUCUAUUGGAAACAUCAUGCGAACAAGAGGAUUGCUUCCCUCCUAGUGUCAGUGUAAAAGUCAACAAUAAGUUGUGUCAACUGCCGAAUGUCAUUCCAACAAAUAGACCGAACGUGGAACCAAAACGACCACCGCGCCCCGUUAAUGUUACAGCUAACGUAAAGCUUUCGCCUACGGUAACCAAUUCAAUUACUGUACAGUGGUGUCCAGAUUAUACUCGUGGUUACUGUAUUGCUGUGUAUUUGGUGAAGAAGCUGACAUCUGCGCAAUUAUUGCACCGUAUGAAAACUAAGGGCGUCAAACCCGCUGACUACACACGCGGUUUAAUCAAAGAAAAACUCACUGAGGACGCAGAUUGUGAAAUCGCCACCACAAUGCUUAAAGUAUCACUUAAUUGUCCGUUAGGCAAAAUGAAAAUGUCCAUACCAUGCCGCGCAUCAACUUGUUCACAUUUACAAUGUUUUGAUGCUAGUCUUUACCUGCAGAUGAACGAACGCAAGCCUACAUGGAAUUGUCCAGUGUGCGAUAAGCCGGCCAUUUAUGAUAAUCUGGUCAUUGAUGGUUACUUCCAGGAGGUCCUUGCCUCAUCUCUAUUGAAGCCUGAUGACACUGAGAUACAAUUGCACAAAGACGGCUCAUGGAGCACACAUAGUUUACGUAAUGAGGCUCAAAUAAUUGAUACACCAACAAAGCCUGUAGAAAAGGUGGAGGUCAUUUCAGAUGAUAUUGAAGUCAUAACCACAGAAGAUGUGAAGAUGGUCAAAUCAGCCGCACCGCCUGCCAUAGCUAAUGAUCAACCAACAUCAACGACAAACAGUGAAACGGUUGAUUUGACGCUCAGCGAUUCUGACGAUGAUAUGCCUUUGGCUAAACGGCGUCCUGCCAUCAAACAAAGUUCCGCUACCAAUGCCACAAAUUCUGCGGUAUCCACAUCAAGUGUUAAUGGAAGCGGUAAUGGCGGUGCUGCAGGCAAUGGUGGCACCAACGCCAAUCAGCGUAACGCAUUUGCACAGCAACGAACUGGUUUGCGCGUUGUGAUGCGUUGAAAGCGAAAGUUUUAAGUGCUCGAAUGUACAUAUAAACAUAACAUACAAACUACAUACAAUAGUGCAAGAUAAAGAAAAUUUUUGUAAAAAAAGAUGUUUUGAAAUCUGUAGUUGACGACUUCAAUGUGCAAAGGAGGAAAGUAAAACCAAAAUGUUGCAAUGUGGUGGAAAGAAGAAGAUGAAAAGAAAAGCGCGCAAUUUUAUAAUAGAAGAAGAAGAAGAAGAAUGACGUUAGAAUGCAACCAUCCGCGCAGCAUAUGUGCACGGUUAGUGUGAAUAAACAAAUAUGUAUUGCAAGGAAAAACUGAAAACCUAGAAAGCUAUUUAAUAUAUAUAUUUACAUAGCUAUUUAGAAAUGGCGCAAACCAAUCCAACAAAACUAAAAUAGUAAAUAUGCAAUCUAAAGAAAAAAGGAAAAAUACUAGCGGCUGGCAUUAUCUUUGCCUUUCUUUUGUAAUACAAUAAAAGCAAGCAACUUUUGUUGUAAUUGUAAACAUAUUUAAUGUGAAAAAUUCAUAAAUAUAUCAGUAAAUUGUAUUUAAAAAUAAGUAAAAUUGUUAGUGUAAUAAAUUUAAUUAAUUAUAAAAAUUGAUUUUCAAAUUUAAAUAUAAAAUAAAAAAUUUAAUAC